ACUGCAUAUUUCGGUUAUAGGGAUCCGAUCGUCGUCAAUGUGAGCUAUUUCUAUGCUUAUAAAGACGAUAAACUUCGUAAAGAUCCUGCAACUCGUGCUGCUGCCAUUGUAACGGCCGCCAUGGAGUUUCGAAGACUUGUCGUUGAACAACAAUUGGAACCAGAAUAUGCAAAAAACCUUCCUCUUUGCAUGAAUUCGUAUAAAUGGAUGUUUAAUGCAUGUCGCUAUCCGAAUAAACCUUCUGAUUUUGAAUUAACCUUUGAUCCCGCAAACAAUAAUCAUAUUACUGUCAUCCGAAAAAACAAGUUCUUCAUUGUAGAUCUGGUUAAGGAUGGUAUACAACUUUCAACAGCUGAAAUAGAAAGCCAAAUAAGAAAGGUUUAUGAAUUGGCUGGUAAUACGAAAGAUCCUGCAAUUGGGGCUCUUACCACCGAAAACCGAGAUAACUGGACAGAC